GGGGCUGGGGCAGCUAUGGGUGGGGAUAUAGCCCAGCCCCAGAGCGCAGCCCGACACCCGGCCCUGAUACACGGCCCGACACCUGCAGGAAAAAUGUCGGACGGUUUCUCUCUCUCUGACGCCCUGCCUACUCACAACCCUGGUGCCCCCCCAACCCAGGGCUGGAACCGGCCCCCAGGUCCUGGGGCCUUCCCGGCGUACCCUGGAUUCCCUGGGGGACCUGGACCGCAUCAUGGACCGCCCAGACCAUUCCCUGGAGGACCACCAGGGCCUUAUCCUGGAGGAUCACCAGGGCCUUAUCCUGGAGGACCGGCAGCAGCAGGACCCUAUCCUGGAGGACCAGCUGCACCAUUCUCCGGAGCUCCAGCUGCUCCACUGAAAGUCCCCUACGAUCUGCCUCUACCAGCAGGACUCAUGCCUCGCAUGCUCAUAACCAUCACGGGGACUGUGAACCCAAACCCCACCAGGUUUUCACUGGAUUUCAAGAGGGGGCAAGACAUUGCCUUCCACUUUAACCCCCGUUUCAAGGAAGACCACAAAAGGGUCAUCGUCUGUAAUUCAAUGUUCCACAAUAGCUGGGGAAAAGAGGAGAGAACAGCUCCUAGAUUUCCAUUUGAACCUGGAGCCCCCUUCAAGCUCCAGGUGCUCUGUGAGGGGGAUCACUUCAAGGUAGCAGUGAACGAUGCUCACCUGCUGCAGUACAGCUUCCGUGAGAAGAAGCUGAAUGAGAUCACCAAGCUCUGCAUCGCUGGGGACAUCACUCUCACCAGCGUUUUGACCUCCAUGAUUUAAUUAGCAAGCUGUACCUUUAACACAAGUCUAGCACUCUUCAGAGAAUUGUAACAGGAGUGCCUUCCUGUCUGAUUAUUUUGAAGCAAUAAAGCAUUUUCACAAGUAAAA